AUGGAUCCUAUAAGCAAUCAUCCUCUAAACGAUAUCCUGUUUCAAAUGCAGGAAGGCAAUCAGCAGUUUCUUACGAAAUUAAUGGCCGAGAAUCAACAGAUACUAUCAGCAAUAUUGGCCCGUGAGCAACAUUCUUCGAAGGCGAUUCCAGUUUUCAGAUCUUUCGAGAAGUCAAAGGAUAAAUGGUCAACAUAUCUGCUUCAAUUGAAUCAUUAUUUUCAAGCAAAUGGCGUUCGUGAUGAAGAUACGAAGCGCGCAUGUCUCCUCAGCUGGAUAGGAAGCGAGUCUCUCGAAUUCCUUCAAAAUGUAUUUGGCAGUGAUCUCAAUAAUAAGAGUUUUGGUGAACUUAUUUCUAAAUUAGAUGAGCAGUAUACAGAAAAGCAGCAUGUACUCGCUGCUCGUUUCAACUUCUAUCGCACCUUAAUGAAGCCUGAACAGAGUUAUGCAGAUUGGAUUGCAGAGUUACGCGGAUCAGCUAGGGAAUGCAAAUUUGAAUGUCAAAAGGAUAAUUGCAAGGAAUCGUACGUGGAUUACAAGAUACGUGAUAUGAUAGUCGUCCAUUCCCCACAUGACAAGGUUCGGUCAGCAGCACUUCAAAAGAUUAAUCCAACUCUCGACGAGGUUUUCAGUAUCGCCUCAGUCUACGAAUCAACGCUCAAGACGUGCUUAGAAAUAAAAGGUGAAAAUUCUGAUUCAACAAUCAACAAGCUUUCUUUUAAACGACAUCAGAAUCGGGGAUCUAGUAAGAAAACUAAUAACAAGAGUAACACACCUAAGGAUUCACAAAUGUUUCGUAAGUCAUGUCCAGAAUGCGAUUCAAACUUGUGUAAUUUUUCAUCUUCGGAGUCUGUUCAAGACAAAUUAAUUUCCGACCUCAAAGAUCUUUGCAAUAUGUACCACGUUAGUAUUUUUCAGCAGUCUCUAGGACUUUGUACAAGUUUUAAAGCAAAUAUUGUACUGAAGUCUGGUGCUAAACCGAAGUUUUUCAAGCCGUAUAAUUUGCCUUUCGCGNUUAGUAUUUUUCAGCAGUCUCUAGGACUCUGUACAAGUUUUAAAGCAAAUAUUGUACUGAAGUCUGGUGCUAAACCGAAGUUUUUCAAGCCGUAUAAUUUGCCUUUCGCGCAAUAUGAGGCCGUUUGCGCUGAAAUCAACCGUCUUGUAACGAAUAAUGUCUUAAAGGCAGUCAACUCAAGUGAAUGGGCAGCACCAAUAGUAGUGCUUAAGAAGCCUAAUGGCAAGUUAAGAAUAUGUGCUGACUUCAAAGUUACAAUUAAUCCGCAAUUAGAGGUGGAUAGAUGUCCAAAUCCUCGAAUCGGAGAUUUAUUUCACAAAUUACAAGGCGGAGUUUACUUCACAAAAAUUGAUUUGAGUGAAGCUUAUCUUCAAAUAGAACUUUCGGAAAAUUCAAAAAAAUAUAUGGUUAUAAAUACACCUUUUGGUUUAUUUCAAUACCAAAGAAUGCCUUUCGGAGUGUCUAGUGCUCCUGGUAUCUUUCAAAGGUUAAUGGAAGAAAUUAUAUCUGGUAUUCCAAAUUGUGCAGUUUAUCUUGAUGACAUCAUUAUUACUGGUCGAAAUAGUGAAGAUCACAUAAGAACGUGA